AUGGGAAUCCCUGAAAAGCUAUAUGCCAUUCCUAAAAUCGACAUUGAACCUUUCCUUGACCCCAGCUCAUCCGAUGAUGCUCGUCGCGCUGUAGUCGAAAAUAUGAGCGAUGCUUGUCACACUUACGGCUUCUUCAAUCUUGCCGGACACAGAAUCCCCAGGGAUGUCUUGAACGAGGUGUUUGAUGUGAACAAGAUGUUUUUCGCUUUGCCCGAAGACAAGAAGAUGGAAGUCUGGAUCAAAAACUCUGUGGGACGGUCAUUUAGGGGAUACGAACCUUCCGGCAUCCAGACCCACCACAAGGGCUUGCUCCCCGAUAUCAAGGAGACUUUCAUGGUCGGCCGGGAGGUCCCUGAAACCGAUCCAGAUUGCGGGUCAUUCUCCACCGGACCGAACCUCUGGCCUUCUAGUCUGCCCAAAGAAAAAUUCCAGAACCGUAUCAUGGCAUACCAGGGGCGGAUGUUGAAUCUCGUGAAGACAAUCCUAGAUAUUCUGGCUCUAGGACUCCCUAAGGAAUGGAAAUGCCCACCCAAUGUGUUUGACUCACUGCUCGAUAAGCCAUCUAUCCCCAUGCGAUUUCUCCACUAUGGUCCUGUCCAGGCUCGAGAUGAUCGCCAAUUUGGAGUUGCCGACCACACCGACUUUGGGUGUGUGUCUAUUCUACUACAAGAGCCUGAGACAAGCGGACUCGAAGCCUACUACGCGCCAGCCGAUACUUGGAUUCCAGUCCCAGUCAUAGAGGAUGCGUUCGUGAUCAACAUGGGCGAUAUGAUGCAGAAAUACACGGGCGGAUACUACCACAGUGCUCGCCACAGGGUUCAGACCAACUUGAACAAGCAUCGCCACAGCAUUGCAUUCUUCCUCAACGGCAAUCUCAAGUUGAGAGCAUCGGCUCUGGAUGGGUCAGGCGUCGAGACCGUUGUUGGUGAACACAUUCGUAACCGCUUACUAGAUACCAUGGGGGACACUGGCAACCUGCUUCGGCGUGAGGUUGAAGCAGUUUAA